UUCCUCUCUCUCUCUCUCUCUCUCCCGAUCUAUCAUCUGAACAGCUUCUGUCGCAAGAAAGAUGUCACGCAGCUGCUCGCAGUGUGGAAACAACGGCCACAACUCUCGCACAUGUCCGACGGAAACACCCCCCGCCGCCGCCGGAGGAGAGAAAGGAAUCAUGCUUUUCGGCGUCCGAGUCACGGAGGCUUCACCGUCCUCUUUCAGAAAAAGCGUCAGUAUGAACAACCUAUCUCAGUACGAUCACAAGGCUCAUGAUUCAGACCCCGUCGAUGAUGGUGGUUACGCCUCAGACGACGUCGUUCACGCCUCAGUCAGAAACCGCGAGCGCAAGCGAGGGACUCCAUGGACAGAGGAGGAACAUAGACUGUUCCUCACAGGACUGCAUACGGUAGGGAAAGGAGACUGGAGGGGAAUCUCUAGAAACUUCGUUAAGACACGAACACCGACACAAGUCGCGAGCCAUGCUCAAAAGUACUUCCUCCGCCGUACAAACCAGAAUCGCCGCCGUCGCAGAUCCAGCCUCUUCGACAUCACUCCCGACAUACCUCUAGCAUCUGUUGACGCGUCUUCGUCAAAGCUAGUCUGUCCGAUCCCUCCGUCUCGUAAAAUGGCUGACUUGAAUCUCGACAAGGCGGCGCCGGAGAUGUUUCCGUUGUCGAUGAAUCUUCCUUCAUCUUCAAACGAACAGAAGGCACGUGGCUCACGUGCCUCGGUCUUUGAGACGAUGUCGAAUAGUGGGGAUAGUAUAAUGGGAGUAGCUUGAUGAAGAAGAAAUUGUUUUUAAGAAAGAAAAGAAUCGUUUGAUUAUAUUAUUAAGAUUAAGAUCUGAUUAUGAUAUAAUGUGAGAUUGGAGAUGAUUACUUUAGGCUAAUUAGAUACAAACUUUAUCAGACUCAGCUAAGUUUUAAUUAUUGUGUACAUGUUUUUUUAAGGAAGAAGGAAACGACUUGUCGUUUUUGUUGUUGUACUAUGUCUGUUUUAUGUGGUAAAACAGCAGGUAGUCUUUGUGUUGUUU